AUGGAUGAGAACAUGGUUCAACCUCGAGCUUCGACUCGGUCGCGCAUUCCCCAAGUCGGUGGUUUACGAGAGAUGAAUCCCGCCACGACCAACUCUCGUUCGGGAAUCAUGCCGCCUGGAACAAUCGUCAAUAAGACCGUUUCCCCGACUCGAUCCAGAGCCCCCAGUUCCCCGGAACACAAGAAACAACCUUCAACAAGCCGCCUAGCUUCUACAUCGUCAAAGGCGCAAGCGCGGGGAAACUCGUUCGCGUCGUCCACCAUGUCUCGAUCGGGCGCCACAUCCACUCGCUCAAUGACACCCAACUUCUCGGCCACCGUUGGCUACAAUGCGCGCGGCCCAUCUGCCAUGCCUCGUCCUCAGACCUCAUUCGGUAGCCGAAGACUCAACGCCUCCACUCAUCGCCCUGCGACUUCGCUGGAUACCCAUAUUGAUGAUCAUGCCGGAAGUGUACUUGGAAAACGAAAGGGUAUGCCGCCUGUUUCUUCUGUCCCUUCUGCUUUUCAUGCUUUUUCUGGCCCCCAUGGAUCUCCCGCUGCCCCUAGUGGGACUCAUUCGUCUUAUGGUGUUCCGCAACCUGCAUUUACAUCCAUUUUUGAGCCCCCUCUUGAAGAAUCCUUUUCUCGUUCCAUUGCCAUCGCUACGCGUGCUACAUGUCCCAGGACAUUCCCGGCACCCACUCCAGUGAAGGAUACUCGAAAACACAGGGUUCCCACACUCAGCCCAUCCAGACCAUGUGAAACCCCACCUGUUAGCCCUAGGAGAUCACCGAAAAGGCCCCCAAUACCAUUGUUUCUUAGUAAAGAUUCUGGUGUGAAAUUUUUUGACCAUCUUCCAGAUACCGAAUGGGACCAAGAAUCCCGCGAAAAAAAUAUGGAAGACAUGCUGAAGGAUUUCAUGACGCGCGUGAAUCAACAUGGUCAAGAGUCAUCUGGUUUGAAGGAUACUGUUGAGCUUUAUAAGUCGCGAAUUGGCGAGCUUGAACGUUCUCGCGAUGGACUUCAAGACGUUAACGUGAACUUGCGCGUUGAGAUGGAAUCAUUAAAGAAUCAGCUUGGGUUGGCUGAGAAGGCAUUGAAUGAUGCACGACGAGAGCAAGAUAUUGCGAUGGAUGAUCUUGAAAGUCGUCACCGCAUCGAAAGUGAAUCCAUGAGCCAAGAAAAUAAGAAGCAGAAAGAGAGGUUGAUGGCCCAGCAUCAGGAGGAGAUGCGAGCCUUGAAGCGCAAAUUUGAAGGCGAGAUCGAGGACGAGAAAGCCAAGCGCGUCCGAGAGCUCGGCAACUUAACAACUCAGUCUGCGAUGGAUGUUCAGAGAUCCCAGAUUGAACUCGAUAAGAAGGAGCGUGAAAUUGCUACCCUUCGAAGUGAAAUGGACGCCAUGAAAGCCGAUCUCGAGCGCGAGCGAAAGACUGUUCACGAUCUUCGACAGAACCUUGACACCGUCAGCACCAACGGGGUCACCUUGGAAUCAACGAUCAGAGCCCUUAAAGCACGCAUUGAGUUCCUCGAGGGUGGACGAGAAGAGCAAUCUCAAGCAUUUGAGCGAUGCAACCAGGAAAUGAUGGAUGCGCUGGCUGAAACGGACGCUAUUAAAGAAAAGUUGCGGAGGGAAGAGACACUCCGUCGUAAGCUUCACAACCAGGUGCAGGAACUCAAGGGUAAUAUCCGUGUCUUUUGUCGUGUUCGCCCAUCUCUGAACAGCGAGCCUGCCAGCAUGAUUGCGCCAAUGCAGUACCCAGAUGAGUUCGACGAUGCGAAGGAGAUCAAUAUUCUGGGACCCGAGGAGAAGAGCAGCCUUGGUACCAUCUCGCGCAAGAACAAUACUUUCACCUUUGAUCGCGUGUUUGGCCCCUCCACCCAGAACGCCGAAGUGUUCGAUGAAAUCAGCCAACUUGUGCAAAGUGCCCUGGAUGGUUACAAUGUUUGCAUCUUCUGUUACGGCCAGACUGGCAGCGGUAAAACCCACACUAUGUCUUCACGGGAUGGCAUGAUCCCCCGCGCAGUUCAUCAAAUCUACCAGACUGCCCAGGGACUCGAAGAGAAGGGCUGGCGAUACAGAAUGGAAGGCAAUUUUGUCGAGGUUUACAAUGAGAAUCUGAACGAUCUUCUCGGUAACCCUGAUGAAUUGGAUAAGAAGAAGCAUGAUAUCCGCCACGACAUGCAACGCGGCAAGACCUUCAUCACCGAUAUUACUACCGUUCAGCUGGACUCGCCUGAGAUGGUCGAAUCUAUCCUCAGGAGUGCAGAUGCCAACCGUUCAGUGGCCGCCACUAAAGCCAACGAGCGGUCAUCUCGGUCUCACUCGGUAUUUAUUCUCAAGCUUACUGGCGAGAACCAUAUCACUGGAGAGCGUAGUGAAGGCACUCUCAACCUAGUCGAUCUGGCCGGAAGUGAACGUUUGAGCCAUAGUGGGGCCACUGGCGAACGCCUGAAGGAAACACAAAACAUCAACCGAAGUCUCAGCUCACUUGGUGAUGUAAUUGCAGCUCUUGGCCAGGGCAAAGAUGGUGGUCACAUUCCCUACCGUAAUAGCAAGCUUACAUACCUCCUUCAAUUCUCUUUGGGAGGAAACUCCAAGACACUCAUGUUUGUCAUGGCCAGUCCCUUGAAGGCCCACCUCUCGGAGACCUUGACAAGCUUGAAGUUCGCCACCAAAGUACACAACACUCACAUCGGCACCGCCAAGCGCCAGGCCCGUGUGCGGGAUUCUUGA